UUAGUGGACCGCUAUGACAGGCCUGUCUUUUUUAUAAAUUUUCUUAUUUAAACAAAAGAGAGACAGAGAGAAAGAAAAUAGGAUAGAAUGUACACUUUACAAAUUCGAGAUAAUUCUGUGUAAUAAAAUAAAAAUGGAUAUUGAAACAGAAAAAGUUAUCGAACUAGUGUUUCCUGAGGGAGUUCCAACUGAUUCUUGGAAAGAUGAUCCUGAGUUCUACCAGUAUUUGUCGAAGCUUGGAGCAUUCGAUGUCGAGCAGUUAAGCAAAGAACCAGAUCAUCUCACAGAGGAAAAAAACUCUGUGUUGCAGACGACUCAGGAAUUAGCUUUUUCAAACUACAAGACAUUCAUACAAACAGCUGAGAGUUCGCGAGAAAUAUUCCAUCAGUUCAAUGAGACCGAAGGUCACCUGGACAAUCUUUUGCUGAAAAUCCCAAGAUUCAUAGAGAAAUGCCAGUUAUUCAGUGACAAAUCAAAGGACAUAAACUCCCACCGGCGGCUAAAUACCCUUACCCUGAGAAAGACAGCAGAGAUGUUGGAGAUUCUGGAGAUGCCACAGCUGAUGGAGAGCUGCCUCCAGAGUAAUCAGUACAACGAGGCUCUGGAGAUAUCCCAAUACGCCCGACAAUUGGGAGUGAAGCACAGCGACAUUCCCAUAAUCCAGUUAAUAGUAUCAUCCAUUGAGAACAGCUGGUCUGGAAUGGUUGGACAGGUGAUUGGAUCUCUGAGAGGUGACUUACCCCUCCCCAAGUGCCUCCAACUAGUUGGAUUGCUGCGCUCCAUGGACGCCUUCACCGAAGCAGAGUUACGAAUAAAAUUUCUGCAGGCAAGGGACGGCUGGCUCCAGGGCCUUCUCAACUCUAUUCCAAAGGACGAUCCCAACUUCCACCUCACCAAGACUAUUGAACUCUCCAGGAUCCAUCUUUUUAAUAUAAUCACGCAGUAUCGUGCCAUGUUCAACGACGACGACCACUCAUCUACUCGAGAUCCAGUUAUCAACGAAUCGGCGAUAUUCUAUCACUGGUUGGAGGAGAAACUUUCACAAUUCCUGGUAACCUUGGAGCAAGAUCUCCCUGGGGUGUCCUCUAUUGACUCCAUCCUGGGCCAGUGCACAUACUUCGGGCUAUCCUUUGGGAGAGUUGGGGCUGAUUUCACGAGUCGCAUGUCUGAUAUAUUUGUACGCGUCGUGGGGAGCAAGUUCCAGAGAAAUGUCUACAAGACCACCAGGAGAUUCGAAAAGGACGUGGAGACCUUCACUCUCAUCAAUAAAUUGCACAGGAUCGAUGUCAAGGUGGAUCUGCCAGCCAAAUCUGAAAAUCCUCCAGAGCAACUUGUGGACUUCUAUCCCCUCGCCGAGUACUGCAAUGGUCUCAUCGCCACUUUCAAUGAGUUGAGGGUCUGUCCACCUGUUGCUCUCGCCGAAUACUGCACUCAGGUGCUGGAAGAAUCUCUGCAGUGUGUGGCCAGGGGAAUUUUGGUGUUCUACAAACAGGAGCAGCAGGCAUUCACAGCGAGUGAACGAGAAAAUAUGAUGAAAUUUGCUGAGUGCUUCAGCGAUCAGUUAAUACCCUACAUUCAGUAUUGCAUACAUGCAAUUUUUCCCCCGAAUCAGAUCGCGGUGCAUCUGGAUAUUACUGUGGGUCAACUUCAGAAAGAGGGAAUCACGUAUUUGGAUAUUAAAAAAAUUGUUGAGCCCUUGGCGACGUUAUUACCAUUGAAAAGCGUCGUGAAGGAGUCUUUCCUUUCAGCAUUAUCUGCAACCGAAUCAUCCAAUGUCUCACAAUCAUCAUCAGACGUAAAUAUUGUCGAUAAUUUGGAACCCCAGGACUCAGAAUCUCCUGAGCUCCAGAAUUACGACAAUAAUUUGAAUAUAGAUGCAUUAACUAUCGACGAAAAUAUUAAAUCGUAAAAAAUCACUUGUACAUACCGAAUUAUGAGGAAAAAAAGACGAAUAAAAUGGUUAUACAUUCGUAACUAUAA